ACACAGGUGGAUCAGCUGAUCCUCGUCAGGGGGCGGAGAGGGAGGAACCCAGCAGGUGUGUGAGUGAGGUGUGACAGGUGUGUGAGUGAGAGGUGUGUGACAAACCUGUGUACAUGUGGUGGCUUAAUUGUAACUAGAUCUAGCAAGAGAAACUGACCGCAAGAGGCAACCAGACUCUUAACAAGGCAUCCCGGGUGUGAGAGAUCAGAAUAUGUUUGAGAGACAACAGUGAUGGACCUCCUUGCAGAAAACAAUGUAUGUGGGCAGGCAUUGCUCCGUCUGGUUGCACGGGGCAAUGCUAUUAUUGCUGAACUGAUGCGGCUGUCUGGCUAUGUUCCUCAGGUUUUCAAAUUAGCAACCAAGGCGGAACAGCAAAAAUAUGGAGACGUUGUUCUUGAUUUCACGUAUUUCAAGGCUUCGGAGGGAUUUAAUAAGAAAAUUGAAGAUUCAUCAGUCCUACUUGAUAUUGAUGAUGAAAUCCGUGAAAGCCAUAGCAACAUUUUAGGGAGAAUUUAUGCAGUAUUUGAGAGCAUUCACCGAUAUGUGACGGACCUUAUUAGUUUCUUGCAAGAUCUGAGUGAGGGGACGUUUAUUCAGAGAACUCUGGAAAACAUGUUCACCAAUGAGGAUGGGAAGCAACUUAUGUGUGAAGCAUUAUAUCUGUACGGAGUUAUGCUUUUGGUUGUGGACACUCUCUUUCCUGGCUUAGUGCGAGAGAGGAUCAUUGUUGCUCAUCACCGACACACUGGCCGAAAAGCCAGUGACACCAAUGUUGAUGAUGUGUGCAAGCUUCUGAGAUCUACAGGCUUUUCUGUCCUCCCUGGAAGCAAAAGACCUCUGAAUUAUCCAGAGGACUAUUUUAGGAGAGUUGAAAUGCCAAGCAAUUUCUUAAACUUAGUGCUGGGUCACUUACGAUCAGACGACAUCUAUCAUCAGGUGCAAGCAUACCCAUCACCAGACCAUCGGUCGACAGCAUUGGCCAACCAGUCUGCCAUGCUGUUUGUGUGUCUAUAUUUCACUCCUAAUACACUCCACUCUCAAACAGCAAAGAUGAGAGAGAUUGUUGAUAAAUUCUUUCCUGACAAUUGGGUCAUCAGUUACUAUAUGGGUAUGACUGUGAAUCUUAUUGAUGCCUGGGAGCCGUACAAAGCCGCUAAGCAAGCUCUCAACAACACGCUCGAGCUUUCAAACAUUAGAGAACAAGCAUGUAAAGUAAGUGCCAAAAUGAACAAGCUUGUUAAACAGACAGACCAGCUGCUUGCUGAGGGUGUCAUGAGUGAAGCCAGAGUCUUGGAUCACAGUAACAAGAUUCUCAACCUUCUACGAGAGUGUAACGUAACUCUGCGGUGGGCGGUACUGCAUACUGCUACCUUAUUAAAAGCAGGUGGAGAGGGGAAUAAACGUUGCAAAGUCACUCGAGAUCAGGUUGUGAGUGACAUGCAGUACUCCCCAAUGAUGGUAUUCCAGCUCAUGCUCAACACUGCCACACUGGAAAUUGACCUUAACCAAACAUAUAAGAGACUUGUAGAAGAAAAGUCAGUCAGAUGGGAGAAGUUCCAAAAGGAUGCUAAUGAACAUGUACUAGAACUAGCUGAGGUGUUUGCUGGGAGCCGACCUUUAGCUCGAGUAGCCAAGAAUGACCGCCUCAAUAAAUGGUUCAAAGACAUAGGAGAAGAAAUAUUGAGUCUAAGUCUGGAUGAUCCAGGCUGUGCUGGACGAAAAAUUAUUCAGUUGAUAAAAGCAUUGAAAGAAGUCAAGGAAUUUCAUGGUUUGGAAUCAAGUGCUGGUGUGGUGCAAGCAGUGGGUGAGGUAGUAUCAGCCCUCCAGGCCUUGGUGCGUGUAGCUGGAGUGACAGAAGACAACCUGGUUACCCUUUCUCUCAUCUCUGACCUCUCCUAUGCAUGGACUCUGGUUGAUGAAUACACUCCAAUUAUGCAGUCGGCCAUCAAAAAAGAUGCCGCCCAUGUGGCUAAACUUCGAGCCACAUUCCUAAAGCUGUCAUCAGGGCUGGACCUACCACUGUUGCGCAUCAAUCAAGCCCGCAGCCCUGACCUAAUCUCUGUUUCUGCAUACUAUUCAGGAGAUCUGGUGGCUUAUGUCAGAAAAGUCCUUCAAAUUAUACCCGAAACAAUGUUUGGCUUACUUGCGAAGAUUAUCAUGCUUCAAACAGAGAAAAUCAAGGAGGUCCCAACACGCCUUGACAAGGACAAAAUGAGGGAAUUUGCUCAACUUACAGAAAGAUAUCAGAUGGCUGAGCUUAGCCAUAGUGUUGCUGUGCUGGCAGAGGGUGUGGCAAUGAUGGAGACGACUCUGGUUGGUGUGAUCCAGGUUGACCCUCGUAGGCUUCUGGAAGAUGGAGUGCGUAGAGAGCUGGUUUUUCAGGUGGCACAAAUAUUACACGAAGGACUUACCUUCAACACAAAGGUCAAGGGCAGUGAAUUAUACAGACGACUUAAACUUGUAGGGCAGAAGAUGACAGGGUUCCGAACAUCAUUUGAGUACAUCCAGGAUUACAUCAGCAUGUAUGGAUUGAAAAUUUGGCAGGAAGAAUUGUCUCGUAUUGUUAAUUACAAUGUUGAACAGGAAUGCAAUCAACUCCUAAAAAAGAAAAUAUCUGACCAUGAAAGCAUCUACCAGAGUGUGGCCAUACCUAUUCCAAAGUUCUCAUCAGUGGAUACUCAGUCAGUAAAUUUUAUCGGCAGGCUUGUACGAGAGAUUUUGCGAAUUACUGACCCAAAAACUACAGUGUAUGUGUCACAACUGGGAGCCUGGUAUGACAGUAGAGCCCACACAGAGGUGCUCUCCAGCUCUGUUAUGGCAAAGGUUGAAUCCAGCAUCAGCACUGCUGGGUUGACAGGCGUGGAUAAGCUACUAGCCUUCCUGAUUGUUACAGAACUGCAGAAUUUGGUGCAUGAGAUAGAGGUCACUUGCCACAAGGAUGCUGCAGUGAAGGAGGUACUGAGACUGAUGGCACCUCAGCUCAGCCCCAGCACCCAAGUCAUUGUUCAGCCGAUGCGGCAGUAUGCUGGAUGGAUUCAACGUACUAGUAAGCUGUCUGCUUCUAUGCUUGACCGAAUUAUGCGGGUUGGUCAGAUGCAGAUCUUGAGACUUCAUGCAGCAAAUCGCCUCAAUGCAUCAUGUAAAUUUGAUGCAAAAUAUCUUGCUGCUGCUCUUAGCACCAUGAAUGAAUCGCUCAUGACAGAUGUGAAGCAGCACUAUGCUGAUCCCACUCGCCCAUAUCCUGAUGAUGAUGGUGCUCUUACGAGUGAGUUGAGUGUUUUCCUCGAGUGGUGUGGAAUGACUCAGCCCUUGGAGAGGAUCUAUAUCACCACACGUGCCUUGCCGCCACUCAGUUCUAUUCUCCUCCUUACUGUGGUUACUCAAAUUCCAAAAAUUCAAUAUGCCAGGUCAUUAGGAGGAUUAGUUGGCAUUAGAGGAACAGAGGGUGUAGAUGGUGAACUUCUCAUAGUUGGCCUAGUGACAGUGCUUCGUCAGUUCCACCAGGACAACACAUUGAGAUUCAUCCAACUCUUAGCGCAAUACAUAACUUCUAAUACAGCUCAUAUUGCUGCAAGUGCUGGAAAGACUGCAGAUCUUUCGCACGAGAUUGUGACGGGCUUAGCAGUACUGCAGGAAGUAGCACGAAAGAUGUCUGUAUCAAUGAAGACACUGUCCUUAUAUAUACCUCAACACCUACUUGCUGCUCACAGUGGCUAAGCUCCAUGCAUCAAUACAUGUUGUUUAAAUCUUUUUACUAUGUAUACUUGAACUGAAGAAGUCUUUUUAAAGAUGUGUAUAUAAGGUGUUUAUAUAUUUGAAUUGGCAUAAUAACUUGUUUACAUGUUAUACAAGUACAGUAUAGUACUGUCAUGUGUAUAUAUAUUAGGUUUAUAUACAGUAUUUAUUGCAUAUGUAAUAAUUUUAUGUAUUAUGUAAGUAUUAAUGUGUAUUAAUUAAAUUUUUACAAAUA